AUGUUAGGUGCCUCACCACCAACCCCACGAAUCCCACCGUUGGAUGGACUUGCGCGAGAUGGAGAUUCGACGGAAGAAUCGCUCGAUCCGAAGAUCUCGAGCAUGAUGACGCCACGUGAGCAAGAACCAGUCAACCUGGCUCUUGCAAAGUCCGCCCCGGGCAAUCCGGAGGCGUGA